AUGGGUGCCGACUGCUGUUCUACCGACCCUAAGCAGGACGGCCCGUCCUGUGGUGGCCCUUCGACUGAAUCUCACGACCACAAUGAUGCAGCUCGCGAUGACGGCCAGAUUCAGGCCCAUGGUAGUCACCAUCACGAUCAUAAUCGGAUUGACGAUGGCCACAACCACGGACAUGAUCAUGGCCACGCCCAUCCUGAACACGGUCAUGAACACAAUCGCAACCAAGUCGUUACCCAGGAGCAUGCGCACUGCGUUGAUGAAAAUGAUUGUGCCGCCAAGGGUGAAGUCUGCGAUGACGCUGACUGCUGCGACACCGACGACACGUGCAGUUCUGCAACUUUGGCUUGCUGUGACACCAAUGACGAGCAGUGCGACGAAAAGUGUAUCAUUGCUGCUGCUGCUAUUGAGUGCGAAAAGGCUUGCGAAGGCGAGGGAGAGAUCCCCGAUGGUGAGAAUUUUACACCCGAGCACCGAUGUGUGAUCCACCACUUACACGCGACAGCCCACCUCGUCCACCAGCACCUCCACGAUGCUUCUGGCCGGCACCCAGCUGCCGCCUGCAACGACCACUUGGCCAAGGCUUUUGAUCAGUACACUGCUUAUCUCGAAUCUGCCCGUUGCAUUUGUCGCGGCGUCCUCGACCGUGGAUGGAGCAAGACUUGCUGCAGCACCCAUCCUCAGAAGAAGCCCAUGCGCAAGCGAUCUGUCGGCAAUGCUACCUCUUUCAACUCGGCGCGUGCCUACCACCCAGCCCAUCACCACCAUGGAAUGAAGCGACGUAACAAGAAGCAGCCACUCCGCCUUGCGUCCGAAAAGGACUCUUGCUGCAGUGACAAGGAUGACAAGGACUCGUGCUGCGGCGGUGAUCGCAUCGAACAUGCCCCAGACAGCAAAUUAGUCGUCGGCACUCAGAAUGCCGCUUUUGGAGACCUCGAAAAAGGCCAUGGGCUCGAGCACUUGGCUUUUCACGUCGAAGGUAUGACUUGUUCUGGAUGUGGGAACAAGAUGGACAAGAGUCUCCGAGGCAUACCCGGUGUCUCUAACGUACGAGUCAAUUUUGUCAUGGGACAGGCCGAAUGCAGCAUCGAUACUUCAAUCACCACACCUGAUGAGGUCAAAAAGACUGCUGAACGUGCUACCGGGUUCAAAUGCACCAAGCUUUCCAGCGAUGACCAAUCUCUUGACAUUCUAGCGACAGGCUCAGUGGCUAAAGGCCUCCUUGACCUCGAUAUACCUGGUGUCACAGACGCGUCUCUCAUCAACAAGAAGACGGUUCGAAUCAAUUAUGAUCCUACUAUCAUCGGUGCUCGAGAACUUUUCUCAAGAUUGCCACCCAGUACUCAAGGCCUCGCCCCUCCCCGAGACGAUCCUUCGGUGUCCAGCGGUAGAAAGAGGCUGUAUGAUCAGUUGGUCAAAACUCUUCUUUCCGCUGCGUUUACGAUUCCUGUCUUAGUCAUGGCUUGGGGAGACGAGCUAGUCAAAGAGCCAACCAAAGCCAUUACAUCCCUCGUUCUGGCCACGUUUGUCCAAGCGAUUGCUAUACCUGAUUUCUAUCGCCCUGCCCUUUCUUCUCUUAUCUACAAUGGGGUAGUGGAGAUGGACAUGUUGGUCGUCAUCAGCAUUACUGCUGCCUAUCUUUACUCAGUCGUCGCUUUUGGUUUCCGCAUGGCCGGCAAACCUCUUGAGACUGCGGAAUUCUUUGAGACUAGCACCUUGCUCAUCACUCUUGUCAUUUUCGGCCGACUAGUUGCCACUUUCGCCCGGGUUCGCGCUGUUCAGGCCGUCUCACUUCGAUCGCUUCAGGCAAGCUCUGCUGUCGUUGUCGAAGAUGGUCAGGACAAGAACAUCGACGCCAGACUUCUUCAGUACGGCGACAAGUUCAAGGUCGCUUCCCAUACCGCUGUUCCUACUGAUGGCGUUGUCAUCACAGGGUCUAGUGAUGUGGACGAAUCGAUGUUGACUGGUGAGAGUGUUCCUGUAUUCAAGAAGGAGGGGGAUGAAGUUAUUGCCGGGACUGUCAACGGGACUGGUACCAUUGUCGCUCGCUUGACUCGUCUACCUGGUAAGAAUACCGUUACCGAUAUCGCCCAACUUGUUGAAGACGCGGCCAACUCCAAGCCUCCUCUUCAGGAUGCUGCCGAUCGCGUUGCCAGCUGGUUCGUACCUAUUGUCACCACGGUCGCCGUCAUUGUCAUCAUUGUUUGGGCUGUGGUCGGCCUCAAAGUCCGCAGGUACAAUGGUGGCCAAACCGUCUCCAACGCCAUUACCUAUGCUGUCGCUACCCUCGCUGUUUCUUGCCCCUGCGCCCUUGGUUUGGCGGUUCCCAUGGUCCUGGUCGUAGCCGGUGGUGUUGCUGCUCGUUAUGGUGUCAUCAUCAAGUCGGCUGAGUGCACCGAACGUGCCCGCAAAGUUACUGAUGUCGUCUUUGACAAGACUGGCACAAUCACUGAGACCGACCUUGACGUCAUGGCGGCAGAUUUCUUUGACGGUGACGAAGAACUGGCCAUUUCUAUUACCAAACCUCUUGUUUCUGGCAACAAUCAUCCUGUCUCGCUAGGCGUGGACAAGUACCUGGACAACCGGGCCACCAAGGCCAUCUUUGCUACAGACAUUCACGUCAUACCUGGCGCCGGUGUUGAAGCUGUCUAUGAGGGCGACCUAAUCCGCGCUGGUAAUUCGAAAUGGACUGGAACUGACACUGACCCUGUCAUCAAGAAUAUCAAGAGCCAGGGUUUCACUAUUCUCGUCAUCACCCGCAACUCCAAGCCCAUUGCGGCUUACGGUCUUCGAACUCGAAUCCGCGCCGAAUCUGGCAAGGUAAUUCAGCAGCUUACUCGUCGAGGUAUUGCUGUCCACAUUGUAUCUGGUGACUUGCAGCAGGCGGUCGAGUCGGUUGCCAGCCAAGUCGAUAUUCCCAACGUUGCAGCACAGCGCUCCCCCUCUGAGAAGCGCGACUAUGUUGCCGCCCUCAUGGAAGAAGGCAAGAAUGUCAUGUUUGUAGGCGACGGAACCAACGACGCUGUGGCCGUUACGCAGGCCGACGUCGGUGUUCAGAUUGCUAGCGCUCUCUCUGCCAGCGAGGUCACCCGUGGUGCCGCCGACGUCGUUCUUCUCAAGGGUCUUGAAGGUAUUCCCUUCAUCAUUGAGAUUAGCCGCGUCAGCUUUCGCCGCAUGGUGUUCAAUUUUGUUUGGUCCGCCGUCUACAACGUGCUCGCCAUCUUACUUGCGUCGGGCGCCAUGGUCAAGGUCCGCAUCCCACCAGCCUACGCCGGCCUUGGCGAAAUUGUCAGCGUCCUGCCUGUCAUAUUCGCUGCCAUGAGCAUGCUCCUGACAAAGAUCAAGACAGACUAA